CUGGACCCCGCUGACUAAUGACUCGAGCGCUCAGUCAGUCAGUGUGUUCAAUGGGUUAAUUCAUGUUCUGUGAGGAAUCUAUCUGCUUCUUUCUCAUAGGAACCUGCUAUUUCUUGUUUGUGACCGUUAAUGCCCAGCGACAGCUCGUGGACAAAAAUAUCCAGCUGGACUGCUGAUUUGACAGCGAUGUUUAUUGAUUGCUUUUAUGAGGCUCGUGUCUGUGUGUGGCAGUCGAAAAUCUAUGAGCAGCUUUUUGCGAUGUGAAUCAAUUAAGCUCGGGAACUAUGAGCAGGAAUUCGCUUAGAUCAUGGAAGUACUGAAACAUCCAGGGGCUCAUUAGAGCUGAUUGGAGUUGGAGGAAAAGUCCAACUGGUUUUACUGCUUUUGGCUGGAAGUCGGACGUGUUUUUUUAGGAUAACAAUCAGGAAAAGGACCACAGUCCACUGCCAUUCGCACCCGAUGGCUAAAAAUAUAAUAUAAUCGCGUAUGAGAUCUGGAGAAUUUCCUCAGAAUUCAGCGACAAUCUAUGAUCCAGAUUUUAGCAGCGGGAUAAUCUGGAUCCUGAAGCGACAUCGGCUCGGAUCAUCAACCCAUCGAGAUCUGAGGGAUCACUUUCAAAGAUCGCCCAUCAUCACCAUUAAAGGGAGAAGAUGCCGUUCCACCAUGUGACGGCAGGAUUGCUGUACAAGGGGAACUUCUUGAGUCGCUCACUGUCUGAACACAGCAAUAGCGAACAGCUCGCCAGCAUCUCUGUGGAGGAACUAGAUGAGAUCCGGGAGGCGUUCAGGGUCCUGGAUCGGGAUGGCAAUGGGUUCAUCUCCAAGCAGGAGCUUGGCAUGGCCAUGCGCUCACUAGGGUACAUGCCCAGUGAAGUGGAGCUGGCAAUCAUCAUGCAGAGAUUGGACAUGGAUGGUGAUGGACAAGUGGACUUUGAUGAGUUCAUGACGAUACUCGGACCUAAGCUCCUGUCCUCUGAAACACGGGAAGGUUUCCUUGGAAACACAAUAGACAGCAUAUUCUGGCAGUUUGACAUGCAGCGGAUAACACUGGAGGAGCUGAAACACAUCCUUUUUCAUGCCUUCCGGGACCACUUGACGAUGAAGGACAUCGAGAACAUCAUCAUCAAUGAGGAGGAGAGCUUGAACGAGAACUCGGGGAACUGUCAAACAGAGUUUGAGGGAGUUCAUCCCAAAAAGAAGAAUCGACAGACGUGCGUGCGCAAGAGCCUGAUAUGCGCUUUCGCCAUGGCCUUCAUCAUCAGCGUCAUGCUCAUCGCGGCCAAUCAGAUGCUGCGCAACGGCAUGGAGUAGCGACACCACUGUGAGCGGGGCCGAGCCUGCAUGUGCAUGUCUGUCGAUGAAGUUGUUGAAAACUAACACUCGAGAAACAAAACCAAACACCUCACUACUGAAAAGAGGAGCUUUUUAUUCUUUUUUUAUUUGUAUUCUCCUGUUACUUUUCCACGCGGACCAAGAGACACAGGAAGUGUACGGCGAGCCAAGCCAGCAUGUUACACGGGGCCUCAUCUCUCAGGCAGGGACUUUAAAGGGCUGACUUUCUGCUUUUCGUGCCACCUCUGUUCCCUAAUGCAAUAACACGCAGGAGUUCAUAAGCACCUCUCCUGCGACACUGUCUCCUCCGUGGCUCCAGAUAUUUCAGAAGGGAUUUGCUGAUGAGCUUCUGCUGGGUUUGGGCCUGCUGUCGAUGUAGGAAGGCAAAAGUAAUUGGCAACUCAUUACACCUUUGUGGAGGGAGAGUUACAGCAUCCACUCCGGAGACUAUUUAUGUCUGCUCUUGCCAGAGUGCUUUUCUGGCUUAGGGGAUGGUGGGAGGCUGGGGAAGGAGCAUUCGUUGUAGUCCAUAAUUAAAUUUAUAGUCAUCAGCUCCAAAAAUCCAUGAGCCUGAUUCAUAGUUUUGAUAAUUUCGAAUGUGUUCUGCUAUUUGAUUGUGCGAUCUUACCAUGCUUUUUCUGAAGUGGUUUGUAAUGAGCACGUCCACGCGAAAUAUUGAAACGCCACAGAAAGUUACACAGAUUUCAACAGAAUUAGAACUACCAUCAUUCAGAAGUUCUACACUUUAAAAAAUGCUGGGUUAAAAAUAACCCAAGUUGGGUUAAAUAUGGACAAACCCAGUGAUUGAGUUGUAUUAACCAAGCGGUUGGGUUAUAUGUUUGACCCAACCUGCUGGGUAGUUUUAUUUCACUCAAUUAUUGUUUAAAAAUAACUAUAUUGCUCACCUAAAAUGAACGCAAAAUAAGUUGGAAAUGAACAUUUAUUAAUAUGCUUAAUAAAUAAAAAUUAUAUAAUAAACAUUUAUUAAAUUGCAUAUUAAGAAAUGUUCACCUUUUGAUUAUUACUGUUGCCUCUACUAAUUAUGUGUCUGAUUUUUAAUUUUCAACCUAUUUUGGGUUCAUUUUAAGCCAGCCAUAUAGUAAUUUUGGUCUCACUUUUGAUUAGGGUCCAAUGCUCACUAUUAACUACGACUUUUGCUUGAAUAAACUCCUAAAUACUGCUUAUUAAUAGGUAGUAAGGUAGUUAAGUUUAGGUAUUGGGUAGGAUUAAGGGAUGUAGAAUAUGGUCAUGCAGAAUAAGGCAUUAAUAUGUGCUUUAUAAGUACUAAUAAACGGCCAAUAUCCUAGUAAUAUGCAUGCUAAUAAACACCUAGUUAAUAGUGAGAAUUGGACCCAAAACUAAAGUGAUACUGUAAUUUUUAAACAAUAGUUGGGUUAAAUAAAACUACCCAGCGGGUUGGGCAAACAUUUAACCCAACCGCUGGGUCAAAACAACCCAAUCGCUAGGUUUGUCCAUAAUUAACCCAACUUGGGUUGUUUUUAACCCAGCAUUUUUUUAGAGUGUACUCAUUCCCCACCAUUUCCCUGAUUGUUCCAACAAUUUUGUACACACUGGUAGAGCAUGGCACUUGAAACUGGUUUGAUUCCUAGGGAAUGCACAUACUUAUAAAAUGUAUAUCUUGAAUGCAUUGUAGGUUGCUUUGGAUAAAAGAGUCUACCAAAUGCAUUAAUGUAAUUGCAAAAAAAAAAAAAAAAUUUCGCUGUAUUUUGUGUUGCUUUCAGUGUAAAAAUAUCUAAACAUUCUUAAAACAUUAUUUACUUUGCAAAAUUGCAUAAAUAUGGAUAUUUAUACACUUUAAUAUAUAUAUAUAAUAUAAACAAUUAUAUAUUUAAUUAAAUAUCAUAAACUUAAUUCUUACACGAUUAUAUGAUCUUUUAAAAAAAUACUUCUGAAGUUUAUUUUUUAUUUUUUAAUAUGUUUCAGUGGAAAACUACGGAGACCCGCACAUGUCAUAAAGGGGGAAAAAAUAUGUAUAUUGUGGUCAUGAAUUUAACAAUUCCCAUGACUUACUAAUACGUCAGCACGUUUUACUAAUUUAUUUCAUUGUUUUGAGUAAAUUGUGUGCACAAUACAAUAAUUCAUUCUUUCGUUUUACUAAAUCGUGGCCACAGUGUAAUAAUUUGAUCCCUUUAGUUCAGGAGUGUCUAAACUUGGUCCUGGAGGGCCACUGUCCUGCAGAGUUUAGCUCCAACUUGCCUCAACACACCUGCCUAGAAGUUUCUAGCCUAUAGUAAGACCUUGAUUAGCUGGUUCAGGUGUGUUUAAUUAGGGUUGAAGCUAAACUCUGCAGGACAGUGGCCCUCCAGGAGCAGGAUCAGACAACCCUGCUUUAAAGUAAAAUAAGGGUACGAAUUAGUUCAACGUGGCCACAAUUUACUAAAACGAGGGAACGAAUUAAGUCGUGGGAAUGAAUUCUUAUUUCGUGGCCACAAUUUUUAAUAAAAUGAGUGAACAAAUUAGUCAAUCGAUUAGUCAAUACUAAAACAAGAACGAUUUCUUAUUUAGCGAAUUAAAAGAAGAUGCAUUUACUUGAGAAGCUAAAUUAAAAUAAUGAUACAGUUUUAUAUGAUAUAUUAUGAAUGUGUAUAUAUAGUAGUAUAUGUUAUUUUAUACACUAAAUGUAUCUUGUUUUAAGAGUAUUUAGAUAUUUUUAAUGGAAAACAAAAGAAAGAUACUGAUGAAAGAAAACUAUUUUAGCUAAUUUGAUUAUGCUUUCAACUACCAAUAAGACUGUAGAAUACUCUCAGGUCUUUUUAACACAUUUUACCCAAUUUAAAUCCGUUCCAAAUAUUUUCUGCCAAAAUUAGAUCAUAAAAUGUCGGCAGGUUCCGUCUCAAACUAGUGUGUGGAGAACAAAAUGUGUGCUUGCUUGUAGUUUGCAGUACUUCAAGGUGGUUAAUGUGGCUUAAUGGUACUUUAUGGCCAGUUAUUGCUGUUUCAAGGGUUAUACUUGUCGAGAUGCACAUUUUCAGCAUUUCUGAAAGGUUUAUGAUGGCUCUCAGAUUUAUCUAGUGGAUGAGCUUGGGUUGUUUUACUAGGGGCAGUGUUUUACUCCCAUCAACCAUACGCCCAAACCCACCAGAAAAAGCUUUCAAUUACUUUCUUUUUAUUUUGUCAGUGUCCUUUUUUGAGCUGCAUUGCAGACAUCCUUCACUUGUACAUGUUCAUAUUGCAUCUAAAUCUCUGUGUCUGCAUUAAAGCCACGGUAGCAUUGCAUUGUUGAUGUUUCAAAAGAUGUGUACAGCCACAGAAAUGUAACGAAGAUGCUUCAAGUCUUAGAAAACGGGAUUGUAAAAAGGAAAAGAAUGAUUCUGGAAGAUGAUUGUAUCUUUCACACAGGUGCGAAGGCUAAAACUGUGCCUGAUGCAGUUCUUUUCUUUGUGUUUCAUGAAUGUCAGUCUCCUCUGGACACCUGUAGAAAACACACUGGUAUAUGUUCUCCACCAUGUUUCCUGAGGUCUGCUUCUACUUUAUAAUGCAUGUGAAUGAACAGAACUCUGUAAAUAGAGCUUUACAUGUGUGUUUUCUGUUUGUGCAUGAUAGUUUAAAACAGUACAUUCUGCACAGAUCUUGUCAGGCCUACUGAGGGGCUGGCUGAAAACAAUACAUGUCUGCCAGCUCUCCGUUCUGACUAAAGCCAUAUUUGUCUGCACAGGUGUACUGAAGAGAAUAAAGCUGCAUACACUGAAAUUAUAAAGGUAUAAUGUUAGUCCAACCCUUUUUUCCUCACUCAAAUGUUGAUCCAUGUGCACAUUUCAUUUUGGUACAAUGGCGACACCUGGUGGUUAAUGUUUGAACUGAUGAAUUCAUUGUGUUUGUCCUCAUACUGUCCUUGUCUGAUCCAGAAUGUAACAUUAGCUUGUAGCAUUCAACUAAAGAUCUGGAUGGGUUGAUAAAAUAAUAUAUAUUAUGUGUUUGCAUAUUUAGAUUAUUUUGAUCUCCACAAUUAUGUGGUGAAUGUAAAAAUAAAAUACAUUAAUUAUAUUUUGGAGUUGGCGGAUUGGAUUGGGGUUUUAGAAAUUUAUGAAUGUUAAUGAAUAAUUACACAGCCAAUUAUUUCAGUUUAUGUCAUUAUCCUAUUUAGGCUAAAGACACUAUUAUGAAACAGCCUUUUUAAUAAUUAAGACAAUAAUGUGCAAAGUGUAUAAAUGAGUUCCGUAUUUAAAGUGGGUUGUAUUUCAAAUGAAGAUUUUAGGGUUUGGAAAAAAGGGUGAUUAUAUGUGGCAUUGAAUUUAAUUGUAAAAAAAAAAAAAAAAUGUAUAUAACCAUAUUCACUUAAUGAUAGAUCUGUACACUUUGCAUGCAGAAUAUUUAGCUAUGUAGUUUGAGACUAGCUUGUUGCAAGCUGCCCAUAGAUGAUUUUAAUAUACAUAAUCAAAUAUGUACAGGACAAAUGCAUAGAGUUUAUGCAAUAAAAAGCAUUUUUGUAAUA